AUGCCUCCUUUCUUUGUUCGCCACUCUGAAGUCAUCCGUCUGUCCUCUGGAAGUCAGAAGAAACAAAAGCCAAAAAUUUCAGCCUCACGGCGUUUAUACUUAAAGACCAAAAUUCUGAAGAAAGCCAGCACUUUGCUGGAUGAGGAGAAGAAUGAGAAAAAAAUCGAGCGAGAGAGAAUCCUCGGUGAACGAGUGCCUCCUCUCUCGCUGAGUGGCUUAUCACUGCAAGACUUACAGAACCUGUGUAAGGAACUGCAUCGCAAAAUCGAUGUUGUUGAUGAGGAGCGCUAUGACAUUGAGGCUAAAGUUACUAAAAACGAAAAAGAGAUUGCAGAACUGAACCACAAAAUCUUCGAGCUGAAGGGCAAAAUGAAGAGACCCAACCUGAAGAGAGUGAGAGUGUCUGCAGAUGCCAUGCUCGGAGCUCUGCUCGGAUCCAAACACAAAGAGUCCAUUGAUUUCAAGGCCAACCUUAAGACAGUCAAGAAAGAAGAGGAGAAGAGAGAAGAGGUUACUGACUGGAGGAAGAACGUGGAUGCCAUGUCCGGGAUGGAAGGCAGAAAGAAGAUGUUUGCUGGAACUGCAUCGUAGUAUAGUGGAAUGAUAAAAAUCCAAAUAACUGGACUUUCCAAGUUCUGGAAAUAAAUAUACUUUUGCAUGAAUUUCAACCUGUAAUCCACUGUGAUUAAAAUGGCUUCUGUGGGAACACAUAAAGAACACAUUUGUUUAUAAUAAUUUAUGAUUAUUAUAUAUGUAUUGUAUAAUAAUGAUUGUAUUAUAACAAUAUGCGGUUUAUAUGUGAUGUAAGCCUAAUAAAGUGCUGGUUUCUUAAAGGUCA